UGAAUGUAAAACAUAGCAAAAGCAGAAGAAACACCAAAACACUUUGAGCAGUCUCCCAAUUACAAAAUUCUCUCUCUCUACCUCAACAAUGGAUCUCUUCUCCUCAUCAACGAUUGCACGGCAGACUUGGGAAUUGGAGAACAACAUAGUCACGACCGCCGCCGACGCCGCGGACUCGUCCUCCGCCGCGUCGGACGCCAUCUUCUACUACGAUGAGGCGGCGCAGGUCAAGUUCCAGCAAGAGAAACCGUGGUCGAUUGACCCACACUUCUUCAAGCGCGUGAAGAUAUCUGCACUCGCGCUUCUCAAGAUGGUCGUGCACGCACGCUCCGGCGGAACGAUUGAGGUCAUGGGGCUCAUGCAGGGAAAGACCGACGGAGAUGCGAUUAUUGUGAUGGACGCUUUUGCCCUACCCGUUGAGGGCACUGAAACUAGGGUUAAUGCGCAGGCCGAUGCCUAUGAGUAUAUGGUUGAUUAUUCCCAGACUAAUAAACAGGCGGGUCGUCUGGAGAAUGUAGUAGGGUGGUAUCACUCUCAUCCUGGUUACGGGUGUUGGCUUUCUGGUAUAGAUGUAUCCACACAAAUGCUUAACCAGCAAUUCCAAGAGCCCUUUUUAGCUGUGGUUAUAGAUCCAACAAGGACUGUUUCUGCUGGAAAAGUUGAUAUUGGUGCUUUCAGGACAUACCCUGAGGGGUACAAGCCUCCAGAUGAACCUGUCUCCGAGUAUCAGACAAUCCCCUUGAAUAAAAUCGAGGACUUCGGCGUGCACUGUAAACAGUAUUAUUCAUUGGACAUCACGUACUUCAAGUCGGGUUUGGAUUCUCAUCUCUUGGACCUACUUUGGAAUAAGUAUUGGGUGAACACACUUUCUUCUUCUCCUUUGCUUGGUAACGGAGACUACGUUGCUGGUCAAAUCUCAGAUUUAGCCGAGAAAAUAGAGCAAGCAGAAAGUCAGUUGUCCCAUUCACGCUUUGGGUCCCUGAUAACAGCCCCUCAAAGGAAGAAAGAGGAAGAAUCUCAACUUACCAAGAUUACUCGUGACAGUGCAAAGAUAACAGUGGAGCAAGUCCAUGGAUUAAUGUCACAGGUCAUCAAGGACAUUCUUUUCAAUUCCGUUCGGCAAUCCAACAAAUCUCAGGCAGAGUCAUCUAGUCCUGAACCAAUGGUCGAAACAUGAGCUGAUGCCAAUCGAAACCACUCAUUUUUCUGGCGUGGCUCUUGCUCAUUUAUGUCCCGAAGAAAAUUGAUUUACGGGUUUCCUUUUGUAUUAGCAUCUUCAAAUGUAUUGCAAUUACUAGACUUAGUUGAAAAAGAUGGCUCCCAUCAUUGCACUUUUGAAACGAGCGAUGUUUUUGGCUCUAUUCUUAGACUCGAAUGGGUUCAUCUAUAUCCUUCAAAGAAAGAUCAUAUGCGUUUUAGUAGUAAUUUAUUUUUGUAGAGAGGACUCUUGUGAGACUAUUACGAUUUCCAAAAGCCCCUUUUAAUUUAUUGUUUUUAUUUUUGA